GGCGGCCGACAGCGGGUCUCAGUCCGCGUCGACUCUCCGCUAGGGCCACACCGAUGGUAAGACGGGCCGCGCGGGCGUCGGAUGCGUGGUGCGGUGUCUCAGGCGGCGAGUGGCACGCGUGGCGCGCGGCCGUGCGCGCACGUGCCGCGGUGGCGGCGCUCGGGGCGUGCUCGUCCGGCGCGCAGUUCCGUGGCGGCGGGCGAACAGCGCAGAGCGCCGCACGCGCCGGCAUGCGACGCUAGCCCGAGCAUGCGGCUGCCCCUGCUGCCGCUGCUCGUGCUGCCGCUCGUGCUCGUGCGCCCGGCAGCAGCCGGGAUCUGCUGGUCGGGGAUGGAGCGCGGCGGGCGGUGCAGCUCGGUGGCGUCGCUGCGCGUGGGCCGCGCGGAGUGCUGCGCAGGCGGCGCGCGCGCCCCGGCCGCCUGGAGCCCUCGCGACCUCGACAGUGGCGAGAUAUUCUUCUACAAGGCGCUUUCUGGCGGUGUGCCUUGUACUGCUUGUGCUGAAUCGUGCGCAGGCGUGUCCUGUGGCGCGGGGCGGCGGUGCGUGGUGAGGGGCGGGCGCGCGCGCUGCGUGUGCGCGGCGACCUGCCGCCGCGCGGGGCCCGUGUGCGGCAGCGACGGCAAGACCUACCGCUCGCUGUGCCGCCUGCGACGCCGAGCCUGCCGCCGCCCUGCUAAGCACCUCUCGUUGGAUUACCCGGGAACUUGCAGAGUGGGAAGUUGUGAACGAGUGCGUUGCGGCGGCGAGAAGCGCUGUGUGCUGGACGCGGAGCUGGGCGCGCAUUGCGUGCGCUGCGGGGGCUGCAGCGUGGCGGGCGCGCCCGUGUGCGCGGUGGACGGCCGCACCUACGCCGGCGCCUGCGCGCUGCGCAAGGCGGCGUGCGAGCGCGGCAAGGCGCUGCCUCUGGCUUACAAGGGCUCUUGUAUAGCGAACGCAACGUGCGCGCGGGUGCGUUGCGGCGCGGGGCAGCGCUGCGUGGCGGGCGGCGCGAGCGGCGCGCGCUGCGUGUCGUGCGGCGCGUGCGGCGGCGGCGCGCGUCGCACCAUCUGCGGCUCGGACGCGCGCACUUACCCCUCGUGGUGCCGCCUGCAGCGCGCCGCGUGCCACGCGGGCCGCGUGGUCGACCCGCUGCACCCUGGACCGUGCAAAGAAAAUAAAAAUAUUACGGACAAUAGUGUGAAUGGCGAGAAACACAGGGAAGAUGUGGACACAACGCGAGUCCUAUAGUCAUAGACUCUAGAAAUAGCACUGCAGUGUUUGAAUAGCUUUGUAGGUGAUGAUCGGACGUGCCGCGUACGACGAUCCGUGAACGCGACUAGGUUUCCGGAACAUGCUGUGUUCAUGACAAAAUUGACCAGAAGUUGGAAGGAAUCGAAGUUAAGAGUCUGUUAGUAUUAGGAAAAGCGACCAUAAUAUUUUUUUGACCAUAAAAACGAAAAAAACUGUUAUCCUAUCCUAAGACUUGUUUCGAUGAUAUAAUCAAGUUUUACCGACAAAAGUAUUGAUUGAUAAAGAUUUAAGAACGAAUGCAGGUUGAGCAAGGUUUUGAAUGUAUCCAGUCAAUAUGCCAGUUUUCAGAGCAAAAUGUUCGUAGUGACUUGUUGUAGAUUUAGGGAAAUCUUCGAAUCUGUUGCACAUUUUUCGAAUAUUGUAGAUAAAUAAUGUCUUAUAGUUAUAAAAGAAAACACUUUACAUUAUUAAAAUUGAGCACCAAAUUGUACUUAAUAUUUAGUCAAAAUGUUAAAGAUAGAAAUAGAACUGUAGUUAGCACAAUAUUCGAUGUAUGCGUGUAUUUCUAUUCUAGAAAAUCCUAAUUUCCGUCUUGUUGACGUUCGCUGCUAUGACAAGGUUCGUAGGAUAAAAUAACUUAAAUUUUCAUUGGACUGACAAAUUGUUCUUAAAAUUUUAAUAACUUUUAGUAGGUACUUUAAGACUUAAGUAAUUUUACUUCACGUAAUGUGGUUUUAACGCUUAUGCAAUAUUUAUUAUUAAGUUAUAAAGUUUUAGUGCAAUAUGUUAUUGAAAAUUGUGUGAAAUUUAUGUUUACAUGUUUUGUUUUGUUUUAUUUUUAUAUGCAAAUGUGUGUCUCAGGAUCACUAAUUAUACGAAAUUCGGUCAAUACGAGAAUGAUUUUCAAAAUACUUAUUUCAGUAUUAUGUGUAUGUAAGUUUUAUAAUAAUUAUUUUUUUAUUUUCGAAACAUUUUACAAUGAAAUUAGGUGACUUUAUAGACUGUAGAUAUGAAGUAAUUUAUUGUUACUUUUAAAUUAUUUCCAAAAUGUUUCCAAGAAUUUUAUUUGUACGGAUGCCAGUGGUGGUUGAAUAGUCGAGUCGAACUGAUAAAUGUCAUGUAGAAAUAAAUUGAGUUCUGGACGUCCUGCUUAGCUUUAAAUAGUUUACAAUUUGAUUUCUUUAAUAUAGACUAUUAGUCCACAUAAGUCUAAUUAUAUUAUUUAAGUUUUAUUUAGUAUGAUAAUUGAGUUUAAUUUAAAAUUAUUAAUCUGUAAGAUCUCAGAUACCUAUAUUAUGAAGAAAAUUAAAUAAAGAAUCGGCAUAAUGAUUAUUAUUGAAAGAAAAUUGUCACAUAGUUUAAUAUAAUAUGUUUAAAAAAGUUGAUCCAAAGAAAGGUGAAUCCAAAAGUUGAUUUGAGAGUAGAUUUGGUAUUGUAUGAUAACUUGAAUGAAAUGAAAAAACACAGAAGUUUUUUUUAACAACAUUUCAAAAAAACGAUAAUGAUCUCUACAAAAUGUUUUAUAACUUGAAGUUUUUUAUUUUAUUUUAAUCAACAGGUUUACAGUCGAUAAGCUAAGCACCUAAAUUGUUGAGGUCACUUUUAUCUAAGUAUGUGAAUUUCUUUGAAUUGUGAAUUUUGGAUAAGUUGUAUCUUU